GGCUGAAGCGCCUGUCACUCAACGUGCCAAUAAGCCUGCGGUAAGGCGUCAGGUGAAACUGGCUGCGUGAGGAAAAAUAAGCAGAUGAAAGUUUCUGUGGAUUAACUUUCUUCAAAGUUUAUGUGAAAUAUAUGGACGUGUUCAACAAAAAAAAAUUUUAACACCGAGGAGUGACGCCAAACAACAUGAAGAGCCUGAGGUAUCGGUUGAAAAAGCAAGAAGUUACUAUCACAAACACAGACUGGAACAAGUAUGACGACCGGCUGAUGAAAGCUGUUGAACGUGGUGAAGUGGACAAGGUCUCUGCUGUUCUUAACAAGAAGGGCAUCAUCCCCACCAAGCUUGAUGUGGAAGGACGAUCUGCCUUUCACCUGGCUGCCACACGAGGACAUCUGGACUGUCUCAAUCUGCUGCUGGGACACGGUGCUGAUGUCACUGCGACUGAUGCCACAGGUAAAAAUGCUCUCCAUUUGGCCUCAAGAAAUGGACAUUCACUGUGUGUGCAGAAACUCCUCCAGCACAACUGUCCAGUGGGAAAUGUGGACCUACAGGGAAGGACAGCCCUUCAUGACGCAGUCAUGGCGGGCUGCGUUUCCAGUGUGAAACUCCUGUGUGACAGCGGAGCUUCAGUGAACGCCACUGAUUUUGAUGGACGAACGUCUUUGGGUCUGGCCACACGGAUGUGUCACUCUCGCAUUUGUCAACUGCUGUUGGAGCGGGGGGCCGACAUCACCCUACGGGACAAGCAAAAUAAAACUGCCCUGAUCCUGGGCUGCGAGUACGGCUGUAAGGACGCCGUGGACGUGCUCCUGAAAAGUGGAAGUGACGUGAAGGCGGUCGACAGCUUGGGUCAUGACGCCUUUCACUACGCCCGCCUCAGCAAAAACCCGGAGAUGGUUGGUCUCGUCAAAAGUUACCUGGACAAAAUCACCAGAGACAAAGAAGCUGCAAAGCUGGAGUGGAAGCGACAGCAUUCUGUGGAGAGGUCAGAAGCAGCUGAAGCGAACAGGAGGGAUGUGAUCAUACAUGACCUGGAGAAACAGAACGAGACUCUGCAAGAAAGUCUGAAAAAGUACCACCAGGAGCAGAGAACCCUGUUAGACAAGGUUAACAUACUCCAGCAGCAGCUCUCACAGGAAAAAAUAACUUCAGAAGACACUCAAAAAGAGAAGGAACACUUGAAAGUGUUACUCAUUGCAAAAGAACGUGAGGAAGUGAAUCGAGGAGCAGAGACUGUCAAGGUCCAACUCCGGAGUACCUUGGGUGACUAUUCUGGGCAGUCUGUCAUCAAAGGCAAGGAAAACAUUUUAGUCAAACAGGCCCACAGCUUGGAUUCAGAUCAGACACUCCAGAACCAUGCCAUGCUGCGUUCCACAUCGAGACCCCCGGAAAGGAGUCCACCAGCUGUACCCUGGGAUCUCUCUAAUGAACUGGACACACUUAGACAUGAACUUGAAACCGUCAAGAGGAGACAACACGCUGCUGAGGAAGAAACAACACGACUUCAGUCUGCCCUAAACCGUAAAAACAGGGAGUAUCAAGAACUAGUGGAGAGCCGAGACACCAUCCAGAAACAGGCUGACCAGCAGGUCCAGGAACUGGAGGACGCCCUGGGGGAUGUCCAGAAGAGGAUGCUGGACUCCGAGUGUAAGGUCAAACAGCUGCAAGCCCAUGUGGUCGCUGUUAAGGAGCACUUAGGAGGCCAGGCAAACGAAGAGCUGCGUGUCCAACUCCAAGACAUCAAGGCCAAGUACGAAGGUGCCUCGGCUGAAGUGGGUCGCGUUCGAAAUCGCCUCAAACAGAGCGAAAAAGCUUUGGAGGAGUAUAAGUCGAGCGAGAGCCAGCUAGCUGCUGAAGUAGAGAGGCUGAACCAAGACGCUGCAUCUGUGACCGCAGAGCGUGAUGAGCUUGCAGAAGCUCUGAUCCAGCUGCAAACCCAACUGAAGGAAACUCAGACUAAACCUGUCAAUACUGUACCAGCCGAGAAAUUUGACAACAUGAAAAACCUGCUGACAAACGCGGUGGACGAGAAGGAGCGGCAGCUGGCUGAGCUGCGGGAAGACUACGACCGUGUGCUAGAGGAGGUGGCAGAGCUGCACCGGCAGCUGGAUAGUCCGUCGACACUGGGAGCAUCAGGGACGAUGUCCGCUGAGGAGCAGGAGAGGAUCAGGGCAGCUCUGGAAGAACAAAACGCCUCACUGAAAAGGAAGCUGGUAGAGAUCACCUCCAAAAGCCAGGCUCUGAUUCAGGAGGUGACGGAAACAGAAGAAGACCGUGACCUGCUGAGAGACCAUCUGGACGAGCUCAACAGCAGGAUCGAGACGGACUUCGUAUCUUUAGAAGAGCACGAGGAAACCCGGAGGACAAUGGUCAACACUUUAGAAGAGCUGGAGGACAAACUGGUGGAAGCCAGCGAACGUUACGGCCGUGCAGAAGGACAAGUUCAGCAGCUCCAAACCGAAAGGUCCACCCUGCAGGAGAGCAUUAGGAGUCUUCAAAGUGCCAAAGAGAGGCAGCAGAAAGAAAAGGACACUCUGAAGGCCCGGAAUGCAGAGCUGACAAAAGAGCUCGAGCUGCUUCAGAAACGAUGUGAGGACAGAGAUAAAGAAUGUGUGCAGUUGGCCGCGCAGAGUCAGACUCUGAAACAGAGCCUGAGGGGGGAAUAUAUUUCCAGACAGCAGCACGAGCAGGUGAAGAUGGAGUUGGGCUCUGCCUUGGAAAGCAUCAGAGCGGAGAUGUUGAAGUUGGAAAACAAGGAAAAAGAAAGUGUGGAAGAACUGAAGAAGGUGAAAGAGGGAAAGGUUAAGUUAAAAGAAGAGUUGGAAAAAGUCCAGAUGGAAAUGAAGAAAAGCUACAUUAGUGUGAAAGACCACACGGCUGUGACGGAGAAACUGAACGCUGCUGUGGCUGAGGCGGAGAACAGAUGGAAGGAAGCAUCAGAUAAGUACACGUUGGCCCACGAGGAAACGGUCAAACUAACCCAGGAGCUGGAAGCUCAGAAGAGAGAACUUGACACAAUUCAGGAGGCAAUUCAGUCCAGGUUUAUUCCACUGACGGCAGCCGAGGAGAAACACCACAUCUAUAGCACGCAGGUUAAAGAGUUGACAGUCAAGCUGUCAGAAAUGGAAGAGAAAUAUGAAAAAGAAAAAACCGCCAAAGUGAACAACAAGCAGGAGAGCGAGCAGCUCCAGCUUGUGAUAGAAUCCCUCCAAAAACAGCUGGACACUGCCGUGGCUACCAAUGACAAGCACAAGGAAAUGGAGCGGGAGUUGAUGUGUAAAGUGGAGAUACUGACUGAGACGUUGGUUGAGUUGGAGAAGCAACACAAGGAGGUGAACUCCCAGAAAGACGAUCUCCAAGAGCAGAACGCUCUCUGCAGGUCUCAAAUCCAGAAUCUCCAGGAUCGUCUGAAAUCAGAGUUGACCCGGAUAGCGACUUAUGACACGGAGCUCAAAGCCCUCCAUGACGCCAUGCAGCAGGCCCAGGUCGAUUGCAAGAGGGCAAGGGAGGCUCAGCAGGAGGAGGCUCAGAGGGUGAGCGAUCUACAGAAGGAAGUGGAGGAGCGCCACGGUGAUCAGACUUCUCUGAUGCAGCAACACGCCAAAGCCAUGGAGGAGAUGGAGACCGAGGUACACAAGCUUCAAAUGGCUCUUAGGGAAGAGGAGGAGAUCAACGCCCAGAGGGCAGAGGACGUGUCCGCUCUGCAGUCUGAGCUCCUACAGGCCACACAGGCUCUGGAGGAGAUCCGGGACAAGGAAGACCAAAUGAACCAGCUGAAGAAGGAGAAGCAGCAGCUUGGGGAGGACGUGGCCAACCUGAGGAUGAAGCUGCUGAGUUUAGAGGAGGAGUGCGAAGAGGCACAUCAGCAGUCCCAAAAGGCCAAAGAAUGUGAGAGCCAAGCCCGGGCCGACAAGGAGGCCCUGCAGGAGAAGAGGUGUGCCAUCGAGAGGGAGAUCAGAGAGCUGAAGGAGAGAUACGACGAGUCGCUCAGCACCAUCGGGGAUCUUCAGAAGAGAAUCCAAACGUCAUCUCAGCAAACUGAAGCUAAAGACAAGAAGAUCACGGAGUUGCUGACAGACGUGGAGCGGUUGAAACAGGCUCUGAACGGUCUGUCACAACUGGCCUACACCAGCAACGCACCCAACAAGAGGCAGACGCAGCACAUCGACACACUCCAAACCCAGAUCAAGAGCCUGCAGCAGCAGCUGGCUGAUGCUGAGAGGCAACACAGAGAGGUGGUCUCAAUUUACCGGACUCAUCUUCUCAGUGCAGCGCAGGGUCACAUGGACGAGGACGUCCAGGCCGCGUUACUACAGAUCAUCCGCAUGAGGCAGGAGUUUGUGUGUUAGACUCUCUGCUGCUCAGACUCCACAUUUUCACCGUGUCCUGCUGCUGUGGCCCCCGGGGGUUGAUCCACGUUUGUGUGUUUGUGUUGUGCAGUAAAGCGUCUUUCAACAGAA